AGAUGGUCUGGGAAGAUGGCGUCGCGGGUGAGUGGAAUCGGCGGCGGCGGCGGCGGCGGCGGCGGCGGCGGCGGCGGCGAAGAAAACCGUCUGGUGUCGCUGCCGUUGUCUCGCAUCCGGGUGAUCAUGAAGAGCUCUCCUGAGGUGUCCAGCAUCAACCCGGACGCCAUUUUCCUCACGGCGAAGGCCACGGAGCUGUUUGUCCAGUAUUUAGCCGUGCAUUCCUACAAGCAUGGCCAGGGAAAGAACAAAACAUCAUUAACCUAUAGUGACUUGUCUCAUACAGCAGAGAACUAUGAUACAUUUCAGUUCCUUGCAGAUAUCCUGCCAAAGAAGAUCUUGGCUAGCAAAUAUCUAAAAAUGCUUGAGAGAGAAAAAGAGGGAGGAGAAGAGGAGGACGAGGAGGCAGAAGAGGACGAGGAUGAAGAAAGUGAAGAGGAAGAAGCAUCUUGAGGGUGACAAAUGACUUUGCAGCACAUGCUUGUCACACAUUAACUUUUUUAGAUGACUUGUGUUCAAGUAAAGUCCUGUUAUCUCUCCAUUGGUUGAAAAUUAAACAGCUGGAUUGUUUGUUUUACAAUAUAUGCAAGAGCCCUAAGUGUGGGACUGAAUUUGUGAAGAGAUUAUUAUUUUUAAUCCUACAAAAUACAGCUCUUUGUUAAAAACUUACUAACUACAUAUGAAACAUUUUUAUCUUGUGGAUACUGUAUCUCCAAUACAUCUGUAUCUCCUCUGUCCACAGUGACAAUGGACCUAAUAGGGAACAAUUCAUUUAUCAGCUUCAUAGAAACCAAACUAGCUUCUUUCAUAAUGCAGAAUGUCCAGCCUAGUUGGGAACAAAUGGGAAAACUCUUUUCAUGUUUUUUAAUUACUACUUGCAGUGAUAUUAUGCAUAUUGUUAAUAGGAAAAAAAUUGCUCUGUCUCAUGUUAAUGUGUAUAUUUUGAAAGGAUGUUAAAUAUAGAAGUAGCAUUUCCACAGCAGGGCUCUUUCCCAUUUUGAGUAAGAGAUGUACUUUAUUCUUUAAACAGUGGCAACAUUUGUAGAAUACUUGUUCUAAUGAAUGUUUUAUAAAAAUGAAAUCAGAAUAUUAUUGUAUAAGCACUUUUCCUUUGCAUUUCCUUCAAAAAUUGAACCUGUUCAGGGAUUGGGCCAAAGGCCUAGUGAAGGUUGUUUUAUGUGUCUGCAUGAUGUAAAACUUAAUUGAAGUGGGAUAAUAGGUGAGCAUUCCAGGCCGUACACAAGGCAGGGAGUGUAAUAAAAUGUGAUUUUUGAUCCAUUUACACUAUGUAUUAGGCCUCCCAUCCUCUUGCACCAACUCUGUAGUUGCUUCCAUCAACCUGUUGAAUGAUAGAGAUGCUUUGUUUGAAAUUGCUUGAAAGGUUUAGUACUAAAUGCUUAUAUAGCCAGCUGAUCCACAGGAAAAGAAAUUCUUUCCUUAGUCUUUACUUUUUAAAAAAUAAAAUAAAAAUGAAGCACUUUCUAAAGAUUUUGCUUCACCAGCUUCUGGUGACCCACAUGGCAGAACCUUCCCUGCUACUCAAGGGCAGGUGCUAUCUCAGGGGUGUCUGCAUGUGCUCUGAAAGCCACUGGAGUUUGAGUGGUUCCAGACCAUCAAAUGCUUUUAAAAAAGUCAAAUUGGGACUAGAAGUUUGCAAUAUUGGUAUUACAUUAUACCCACCCUUCAAAUUCUCCUCCUACACUGCCAAUUAACCCUCUGAAGUUCUUAAAAUAUGGGUAGGUUUAUAUGCCACCAGUUGGUUUGGUAAUGGCAUACCAGAGCCCUUUCUACAGUGGAAUUAAAACUGUAAUUCUUCAGUGGCUAGCUGCUGCCCUCCUGAAUGAUUUUCUAGACAUUUAGAAGUACUCAUGCAGAGGACACAAAGCUUAGCUCAGCCUCCCCCCAUGAUAGGAGAGAGUUUGAACAAUAUACUGAUUAAAAUACAAGUGCAGUACAAAGCAGGUACACUAUUGCUCCAGAUUCAUUGGCUGCAAGAUCUACCCUCUGAAGCAAACCUGGGAGUUAUAAAGACAGGACACACAUAGGAAGUUAUGGACUAUACAGCCAUAACGUCCUGUGUUUGAUAAAGCACCUUGGUCUAGUGAUGUGUGUGAGCAAAACAGCAUCUAUUAAAUUGCAGAGAUAGCCAGACAUUUUUCUCCUAGGUUCCAUGGAAACUGAGCUAAUAAGGAAAUUCUUAUGCACACAAUACCAGAAUGAGUAAGAAUGCUCAACUGGUCUGAAAGACAAACGUUCAAAUUGUUUCCCAGCAAUGAAGUUUGGUAUGUGACCUUGGACCAGUUACCAUCAUGCAGCCUACCUUACUUCAUAGGAUGGAUGAUAAAACUGCCCAGGAUGUGUGCAUCCACAUCCCCACCCUGUAAAAAAAUGUAUUACACCAGGCACUUGAAACCCAUGCAUAAUAGAAAAUGGUACAUUUGAACUUGUAAAUAUGAGUAAUUUAUUGACAUACUAUGAGGCAGAAACAAAAUCGACACCAUACAAAAUAACUUUAUAAAAUAUUCACAUAUUUCAUCAAGAUUUACAGCAUUUUGAGCUUGUUACAUGUCUUAUGGUAUGGAGGUAAUAAAAAAAAACACUACACUAAAUCUUUAGUAUUAGUUUAUAAUAUAUAUACACACACACAUACACAAGAAACCAAAACAAAAGUAAAAGGUUAGUUUGUCAUGAGUUUAUUGCAUAAGUAGUGCAAAGUAUUUUACUAGCAAGCUGUAAAACAAACAUGGAAAGAGGAACCACCUAAGUUUAAAAACAGGACAAUAAAUGUUGAAUUUCACAGUCUUCUGAAGCUUCCUUCAAGAGUUUCUCUCCCUGCGUUCUACUCCCAAACACAACUCCCUCUGUGUUAUAAUAUAUUUGGGGAAUUAAAACUACCAAGUUAUUCUGAAGGAAAUUAGAUCUAAAGGGCAUAUGUUGCUUAAAAUCACUUGGGUGCAAACUCAGGGUGGCAUCCAACUAAACAGUUUGGCUAGCACAACGACAUCUACUCACAGUGGAACAUUCCCAAAUUCAACCCUCCGGAGCAGAUUUAGGGGGUGAGAGGCAGCCAAUUUCCACUGCACAGCUAAAAUCCUUGGGCUAGCCAAACUGUUAGUUGGAUCCUGCCCUCAGUUUCCAGUGGGGGGUGUUUUGGAGUAGCAAUGUGGCUCAGCUGUCCAGUUAGGUUUAUCCUAACUGAUUUGUUAGCUUAUUCCUUAAUCAAUAUAUAAUUAUUACAAGUACUUGAUUGCUUUUUUCCAGUUGGAAAGCAGCAAGCGACACCACUCCCCAUCUUGAUGUUCAGUGAUUAUAAAGCAAGCAUACAAACCAAGAGAGAACAUAUAUUGUCUGUUUUACAACCUUAAGUUUCCUUUUUCUCAAAACCUACUUCGUAAAGUCACUACAUCCUCUACCGAACAAUGCAGGGCAGACUUGAUAACAACUAUUGAACUAACACCAGCAAAAGGGUAAGAAUGUCUAACUAAGUGAAGAGAGACAAACUCUCUCAGUUCUUCAGGGGAUCUCACAAAUACAAAUUAAAAGCCAGGUAGCCUUUUAACAAUAUAUUAAAACUAAUGAAAGCCAAACAAAAUGCUCAGUGAAAUAAAAGGAACAAAAUGCAGCAUAUUCAGGCUCUUGUUUCAAUCGUGAGGUACCUGUAAGUCUUAUAUUCUGCCCAAGUACUAUGGUACAUUAAAAACAUUUUAAAAUUCUUAACCAUAAGCCAAUUUACAGGACACUAUUACUGAGAAAGUGCAACAAUGCUGAUCACUUAUAUGCAGCAUAUUAAAAGGUUGGUUACUCUUUUAUAAAAUAUAGCUUUACUUAUAGACCCGUUGGGGCAGUUUUGUAACAUACACUUUUUUCCUGUUGAUUGAGUCUCUCUGCAGCAAAAAGGAAAAAAAUAAGGAAAAACACCUCCUUUAGGGUAUAGCUUAAAUCCUGCCA